UUUUUUUUCCUCUGGACGUAACAGUGAGGUCUCCAGCUGCUGUUUUGUCACGCUUGGAAGCUGUUUUCCUGCAUUUCUUUUUCAAACUGUCACCCACCAGUUGCCCUUUUCACAGUCACAUCUGGAUCUCCACAAAUCUUCGUGCCCUCUCCGCUUCAAAUUCGAUUCCUCCCUCGUGAAGCCCCCGAUCCUCCGCUGACCCCUGCAGACCGGCCUGUGUGUGACAGCCAGCAGCAACGCACAGCAGCAGGACUGUCAUCGAACCAAAGGCCUUCUCCACAUCGACAGUGAGAGACGCUCACGGCCUGCGAGAGAAUCCAACGGGCCUGACCGACGGUCGACGACCUGCAGACGAGUCAAUCACACAGAAGGGCAGCCAUGUUGAUCAUCUUAGCCUUCAUCAUCCUCUUCCACCUGGCUGCGGCCAUCCUCCUCUUCGUCGCGACCAUUCACAACGCGUGGUGGGUGGUGUCAACUGCCGGACGUGAUGUGAUCUACACCGACCUGUGGUACUCCUGUAACGCCACCUGCUAUCCUGUGGAGAACAGCCAUACUGCUGAAGCAGCCUAUCUGCAGGCCGUCCAGGCCACAAUGAUCCUGGCCACCAUUUUAUGUUGCGUCAGCUUCUUCGUCUUCAUCCUUCAGCUCUUCAGACUCCAACAGGGAGAGAGAUUCAUUUUCACCGCCAUCAUCCAGCUAUUGUCCACUCUAUGCGUGAUGAUAGCAGCUUCCAUCUACACGGCUCAGAAACAGAGCUUCCACGUGCCCAGUCUUCAGAAAGGCUCCUACGGCUCCUCCUACAUCCUGGCCUGGAUCAGCUUCCCCAUGACUCUCAUCAGCGGCCUCAUGUACCUGGUGCUCAGGAAGCGCAAAUAGACGCGAUGGGCUUGACAGAAAGUUAUUCAGAUGCAUAAAUAGGAACACUUGGACGUACACUUUUCCCUCAGCAAACACGUGUGCACACAUUGUCGUUUUAGAGUUCAUCAUAUGACUGGUGGUGAGAAAAAUACAACACAAAUCACUAAGAGGUCAAGUCUCAGGUUCAGGAAAUUUCAACAUGGCGCACUCAGCAGCACAUUUUUUUUUUUUUUUUUGUUUUCCACUGUGCAUCCCAAAUAGUCUCACAACCUUCCACUUCCUUAUGGUAUGUUGUUCUCACUGAAUGUGACACAGAUCCUAGAGGACGCUCCAGACUCUCAGUGUGUUAUUGGCCGUACAAUACACGUUUUUACUCACAAGCACUGCUGUCUGACCACCCGUUAAUUGGGUGAUCUUUGUUUUUCCACAUUUAAUCAGCAUUGAAUACUUUACAAAAAUUACAUUCACUGCAUACAGUAUAGCACGACAUUACAGCUCUCCAGAAGUGAGGCCGAAAUAUCUUGAUCCCCACCCUGUGGCUGGCUGCAGUUUGAUCACUGAUGGGACAUGGGUAAUGCUAAAAACACAAAGUAAAUACUAUUAGCUAGUAAGCACAGUUAGCCGCAGUCCCAUUAGCUAACUCUGCCAAGACUGGAAGCUCAGAGCACUGGAGGAAUGUUGGUGUUUAAAGUUUUAGCUGGUUAACAUGCCAACUUCAGUAGAUGUCUUUGCAGUACAGGACAUAAAUGUUUUUUAACAUAAUAAUAAUAAUGAUGAUAAUAAUGAUAAUAAUUGUUAAGUUUUUAAUGUUUUCAACUAAAAAUUCUUACAUUUUCCACCUUUUAUAAGGUAUUUGAUGCUAUAUAAAGGUGGUAAAUACCAUGAUUGACAGUUCAGCCCUUCUCAAAAUUGAGUGGGUGGGUGUUCGGGUGGGAACUCGUAAUAUCACCACCACAAUAUGGCAGCGCUUGUUUAUGGGAUAUUUUGGCUUAAUUUUUGCACCGUAGAAGUAGGAUAAGUAGGAGGAGGAUAGUAGUAGGAGACGUGUCGUCAACCUUUAUACGUAUCAAACUGCAAACACGGAUCAGCAAAGGCACCCGACAGGCUCCUUGUUGUAUUCAGUGAGUGCAUACCUUCACUCUCAAAUUCUCACUUUUCCCCCUCAGCCAUUACAUGACCAGCUUCCCGACAUACUGAUUUGUCACAUGCUUCCUACCACCAUUCAUAGGAACCAGUCUGAAACAUCCCAUCAAGAACGAAGUUGAGGACAAACCGGGAGAUUUGUCUCACUGGGACACUUUCCAAAGGGUCCAUACGUUUUGUUUUGUUUUGUUUUCUUUUGUGAAUCUGCAGUCAACGGAAUUUAUUUUGUACAUAUUUGCCGUGUAUGUAUAGUUAAUUGCCAAAAACUUAUUUCUAAGACUGAAAUAAUGAAAUUAUAUAUAUAUAUAUAUGAAAAAAGAAGAAAAAAAAACAGAGAAUCUCAUGUUAACCAAAGCUUACAGGAAGUGUAGUGAAGCAGUAGUUGAGGUGUAAUACGUAGGAUUUUAACCCCGUUGUUGUUUGUAUUCUUGUGUUACUGACUUUCGUUUUGAUGGUCAUAAAAGGAACCAAUGAUGUGCUGUGACGUUUGGGAUUUUCAAAUGACAACUUGAACCAAGAAUGAACAUUUCUUUGUCAUUGUUCUGCUUUUUUUGGGUUUAGUUUUAGUUUAGUUUUUUUUUUUUUUUUUGAUCACAGCCUCACCAAGAAAAAGGACAAAAGCUAUUUAUUGUUGAGAACCACUGUUGUGUAUUUUACCAUCAUGUGACUGAGGAUGUAUGAAGUAAUCAGCUCUUACUAUGGUUUUUUUCCCGACCAUUUGUUCGGUCCAUUACUGAAACAACCCCAUGCACCUGUUAUGCUCCUGUGCUCUGGCAUUUAAUGACAAUAAAUUUAUUACUGUAUUGUUCCUGUCACCAAUUCCCAGAACACUGUGCAAACUCGUCUUUUUCCUCCUUCUGGUGUUGGUUUGGAUGGCGAAAACAGUGAAGGGAGACCAGCUGGGUGUUAACCUUGCAGCUGCUAGGACUUAAAAGGUGUCUAGGAUGCAAAUGAUAUAAAGAAGCAAAGUGUCGCGUUCAGGUUGGACUUGUCGGCUCCUUCAGAGGGUGAUCUGGGUCGUUACGAGGAUUCGGGGAAAAUACACAGAAGUGAAGAAGUCUCAAGACGAUACUUGAAAAUGAUUGAAAACAAGACUUUUGAGGCCAAGAUUGUGAUGUUUUGUUUCGUCUCUUAAGAGUUUAGCUAAAUAAUUAUGCUUUCUGUUUGCAUGCAAGUUGUUGUCUCUCUGCAAAUCCCUUUAUAUCCUAUAUCGAAGUGAAAAGUAUGUUAUUGUAGCAGCAGUGGCUAAAAGAAUCUAGGAUUUUUUUUUUAUUGCAAAACACUGUUUAUUAAAGAUUAUGUUUGGUUUGGUUGAGCUUUGAGUUUUGAGUUUGAAACAUAUCGAAAUUUAGAAUAAUUAAAGUACCUGGACUUAAGUUCUGUGCAAACACGGCAGACACUUCUACUCUUGAUUCAGAAUAGCAAAUGUUUUGGUGCCUCGUUGUGUUUAUUUUUCCUUUAGUGUGCUUUAUGUCAGUGUAGAUGUACCGUAGGGUAGUCAAAGAACCACAGGACAAAAAACAAAAACAAAAACAAAAACAAAAAAAUCAUACAAGUUGUUGAAGCCAAAACUGUAUUUAAGGGGAUUUGUUUUUCCUAAUGCUUCAUUGAGUAUUAAUUUCAUAUUGAUUUAAAGUCUUUUGUUGAAAUGGUCGUCGUUGUAACAACUUAAACAACAUCUUUUUUUUUUCCUUGCGUAGGAUUCAUCCACAGGUCUUAUAUGUUUGGCUUGUGUGUCAUAUUAAUUCAGAGUGUUUCUGCUUGUCACAGGCUUCUUAGCUUUUACCAUUUUUUGACAUAUUGAACAACAACGUGCUAUGUACCUGUGUCGGUAGUUCCUGUAAUCUGUAAAAUAUUACUGACGUUUGUCUACUAUUGGCACCCAGUGGACUGAUAGAGAACAAUGUGUAGGUUGCUGUUUUAUAGUUUCAGACUACAAAGUAAAGCUCCUGUCAAGCACUCAAGAAUGAGCUUGUUUCUGCUCGGUGAAUCCUGCUGCUGCUCCAAUCUCGACGUAUAUUAUAAAAAACAAUCAUCUCCCCUGAAAAGAAUCUAUCGGUGCUUCCCAUCUGAUGUAGAGCUCAAUAAAUGUAUUUUACAAUAAAUCAUUUUGCUUUGUGUAUGCCAAA